CUGGUGAUUGUUGUCAGUUGCAACAAAAUGGCUGCUGGAGCGGCGCGCUGAGCGCGGAGUGUCGGAGCGGAGCGAGCGGAGCGGAUUACUCUCACCUCAGCGACGCCGUUUCUGUCCCCCCGGAGAGCCGGCGCCUGCUCACGCGCUUAAACCAGAGCUGUGCGGGUUUACUGGCGGGUGUUUGUGUAGUUUGUGUUGUUGUUGUUUUUUUGCACUUUAUAUCAGAACUGGAGACUGAAGACGCCGCUGAGAGAGACGCGCUUCAGCAGCCUGUCCUCUCUCUCACUCUCUCUCUAACCGCUGCUGCUGUUUCUCCUGCUCACCGCUCCUACUGGCCCGGUCCCCCCGCUCUCUGUUCGGCUCGGUGAAGCUGGUUAGCUGUGCUGGGCGAGGUUUGAGUGAAGGUGCUGAACUGGGAGCAGUGGAGCUGCGCGCUGCGGGACUGGCGCGGCUGGAGUCGGACUGACGGACUGCGCAUGACCGCUGUUUAUCUGUCAGAGCCGCCAGCCAGCUUCUUCUAUAUAAACUAAUCUACAGCUCUCCUGCAGCGCUCUGCCCGCGAUAUACAGCUGAGAGACGAAGCCAGAAAUACAAGAAGAGAACCAUUUGAUGGAAGAAAAGAAAAAGAAAAAGCAAGAAGAAAAGAAAAAGAAAGAAGCUGCUCAGAAAAAGGCUGCUGAACAGAAAACCAAAGUGCCAGACUCUGCCAAGCCCGGCCCUGCCCCUCUUCCCCCUGCCAACCCCAGCGCCACCAACCCAUCUGUGCCCUCAGCCAGCAGCAGUAGUGGAGUUGGUGUAGGUGGAGGAAAUGGAAAGCGUACCCCCUCCAGCACCCAGCAGCAGCAGCCGGCAGUGCUCCGUUACCCACCCCGCGAGGUGCCCCCUCGUUUCCGCCAGCACGAGCAAAAGCAGCUGCUGAAGAGGGGUCAGCCCCUGCCCGCUGGAAGCAUCGCCGUGGUCCAGCCGUCUGCGGGCAGCCCCGCAUCUCAGCCAUUCUCCAGCCAAACGCUCCCAGAGCUGUCCCCGCAGAGUGGCCAGACAGCGCAGUAUGAGAAUCCCCACUGGGGACAUACAUCCACCAAUCGCAGUGCUGCUGUACCCUCAACCAGCAGCAACAGCUGGGAUCAACUGAUCAUAGACGAAAACGAUACAGAGGCGUGGCCUUCUAUUUCUCGCAGCGAAAGCCACGUUCCUGCAGGAUGCACCUUGGACACUGAGAGUAUCGGUGAAGUCAACAGCAGCACAAACAGUAUGAGUAUGGCCACGGGGGCUGGCCAGCAAGGCCACUUUCCCGCCAAUCAUCCCAGUAAAGCCAGUACCGGCCACUCAGGAGGCCUCCUCUCCAGCCAGGCUGGGAUCAACAGAGGCUGGGGCUCAGGCCCUUCACCUGCUGGAGGUGGGGAAGGGAAGAGUGAUGGCAGCAGUGCAUCAAUGGGAGCCAGGGCCUGGGGCUCCUCUAACUUUAACUUGAACUUGAAUCCCAACGCCAACCCCUCCGCCUGGCCAGUCCUUGGACAUGAAGGGACCGGCGUGGGUGGCAGCUCUGGAGGAUCCAACAAUGUUCCUCCAACUAAUCUCUGUAGCCCACCAGGUGCGCCACCCUCUGGCACCAGCAGCAGUGGCAAUAUGGGUGGUGCCAAUGGGAGCUCUGCCGGUAACGGUAGCAGCAAUGGCAACACCAGCGCCUGGGGUGGCAUGAUGCCCAAUGACACCUCAGAGCCACACUCCUCCCCGUCCACGAAUGUGUCUUUUAGCUCCGAACCUCAGAACCUUAACACUGAUGGACCAAAUCACACUAAGCAAGAGCCCAUGAGCCCUGGGCACGGCCUGUCCAACUGGGGCGUCACCCCUGUGGGCAUGGGCUCCUUUGUCCAGCCUUCAACAGGAUCGUCACAGGUCAAUGGGGAGGAGGGAUCUGUCUGGGGCAAUGGAGAUGCCAAAUCUGCCAGUGGCUCCAAGGAUUCGGGUUGGGACUCAGGGAGCGGCUGGGGUCAAGGGACACCUUCAGGCACCACUGGCUGGGGACAACCUUCUGCGGGUGGUGACUGGGACAAGCAUUCCCAUUCCAGCAGUGAGCCUAAGGGGUGGAAAUCCACAGGAUCUCCCACUCAAGAUCAACAGCUUAAUUCUUGGGGCAGUGGAGCCAAUGCUCCAGCCAGUGAGGGAAGCAGCGACAGCAUGGAUGGGCACUCUCACAGGCGGGACCGUUCGUCAAGAGAUGUAGCCCCACCUCUCCUGCCUGCCCAGGACCUGGACCCAAGGGUUCUUUGCAACACCGGCUGGGGCCAGACCCCUGUUCGUCAGCACACGGCCUGGGAGACGGAGGAAGCUGCACGUUCAAAUCGCAAGAACGAUAUUGGCACUGAUGCCUGGGGAACAUCCUCAAGUGCACCCAAUAUGGGACCAAUGGCAACUCCCGGCAGUGCCAACACACCUUCUGCUGCUGCCUCAAGACCUGACUCUGGGGGCAAGAGUGAGGGCCCCUGUCCCACUUCUGCAGCUACAUCAGGCUGGGGGACAGCCAUGCCUACCUCCACUCAACCUGGCUCUGGAUGGGGAGACACCCCAAGCAACAAGAAACCUCCAACUGGUCCUGGGGGCUGGGGCAACCCUCCACCCGGAGGCCACAGUGGCAACCUGCAAAAAAGUGGGCAGUCCUGGGGCUCCGAAGAGAAAUCUCCAUCCUGGGAGGACUCCCACGCCAAGGCUAAACCUCAGGGCUGGGGAGAGGGGCCGAAGCCCCAAUCCCACGGAUGGGGCAAUGGAUCUGGAGGAGACAAUGGGUCUACCGGUGAAUGGGGUGACUCUGGAGAAGGGAAGAAGAACGGACCGUCUAGCUCUUCCUGGGAGGGAGAGACUUCAGGCUGGAAAGAGGGUCCUCGUGGAUGGGGAAAACCCAACCCAGGGCCUGGUGGAGGCUGGGGAGAUGCACAACGCUCCAGUGCCCCAGCACAGGGAUGGAGCAACAAGCCUCAGGAGGGCGGCAGUGGCAAUAGUAGUAGUGGCAGCAUGGGUUCAUGGGGAGGCCCCGGCUCUGUCAAACAGAGUGGUUCUGGCUGGAGUGGAGGAAAUGGAGGAGGAGGAGGAGGCGGCGGAGGAGGAGGCGGCGGCGGAGGAGGAGGCGGCGGAGGAGGAGGAGGAAAUGGAGGAGGAGGAGGAAAUGGAGGAGCAGGAGGAAAUGGAGGAGCAGGAGGAAAUGGAGGAGCAGGAGGAGUUAAACAUAAUCAUACCGGUGAGCCAACAGGUUGGGAAGAACCUUCACCACCUUCCAUCCGACGCAAGAUGGAGAUUGACGAUGGUACCUCAGCUUGGGGUGAUCCAAGCAGCUAUAACAAGACUGUCAACCUCUGGGACAGGAACAAUCCUGGAAUGCAGGGUAAACCAGGCCCUGGAAAUGCCAACAAUCCUCCCAAUAACCUUCAUCAUCACACCCCUCACCAUAAUCAUCCUCACAUGCAAGGCCAUGGCCAUGGAGGGCCUAAUGCAGCCAACAACCAUAUCUCUCCAGACAAUGCAAGCCCGCAUCAGACUGUGGCCCCUAACAACAGAGCACCCCUUAUGACUCCAGGAUGGGGAGAGAUGCCAAAUGUCCACUCCAAACCUGAGCCACCCUCUUGGGGAGAGCCACCUCCCCCAGCAGCAAGUGUGGACAAUGGCACAUCAGCCUGGGGUAAACCUCCUGGAAGCUGCGGUGGCUGGAGUGAGAGCGGCCCUGAAGGCUAUGGUCGGGGCAACGUGCCACCAGUAUCUGCCCCCUGCAAGCAAGCCCCUAAAUCUAUGCAAGAUGGCUGGGGAGGUGGUGAGGACGUGGCAGGACAGUGGGAGCAGGAUGAGGGAGACAUGUGGAACAGCACAGCCUCUCAGGAGAGCAACUCGUCCUGCAGCUCCUGGGGGAACCCGCCCAAAAAGGGGCCACCAAAGGGCAAGGUUCCUAACAAACAGGACGAUGCCUGGAUUAUGAAUCGUCUGAUCAAGCAGCUGACUGACAUGGGCUUCCAUAGAGACCCUGCAGAGGAGGCUCUGAAGAGCAACAACAUGAACCUGGACCAGGCCAUGAGCGCCCUUCUAGAGAAAAAGACAGAGCUGGAUAAGCGGGGGAUGGGAAUCUCUGACUACAACAAUGGUCUAGUCAACAAACCAAUGGGCAGGCCUUCUGUCAUCUCCAAAGAAUCCUCCUCAGACCGCUCCCCCUUCCUGGAUAAGGAUGGUGGACUAGCGGAUGAUGCCCAAACUUCACCAUUUUUGCCUUCUCCCAGCCUGAAGCUCCCAUUGGCCGGUGGUGCCCUCCCCGGCCAGGGCCUCGGGGUCGCCAUGCAAAACUUGAACAACAGACAGAUGCAGAGUGGAAUGUUUGGCAGUAGUGGAACAGCACAAACGCGGGCCAUGCAGCAGCAGCCUCCUCCUCAGCCGACAGUGCCGCCUCUCAACUCCUCCCAGCCUAGUCUACGCGCUCAAGUGCCUCAGUUUCUCUCCCCUCAGGUUCAAGCACAGCUCUUACAGUUUGCAGCAAAAAACAUUGGUCUCAACCCUGCACUUUUAACCUCACCAAUAAACCCUCAGCAUAUGACCCUGUUGAACCAACUCUACCAGCUGCAACUGGCAUACCAGCGUUUACAAAUUCAGCAGCAGAUGUUGCAGGCGCAACGCAAUGUUUCCGGCCCCAUCAGACAACAAGAGCAGCAAGUUGCACGUACAAUCAAUAACAUGCAGCAGCAGAUCCAGCAGCACCAGCGGCAGCUGGCCCAGGCUUUGCUGAUGAAGCAGCAGCCUCCCCCCUCACACCCCGGCCUGCACCCCGGAGCAGGAAAAUCUCCCCUGGACUCCUUUCCUGCCCCGCAGGCCCCGGGCCUGACCGUCUCUGACCUUCAGACCAAAGAGCCGCAGUCUUCUCCCAACUCAUUCUCCCCCUACGCUCUCCCUGUACUGAACCCUAACAUGAAUGUAAACUGCAUGGAGGUGGGUGGCCUGUCCAUGAAGGAUUCUCCUCAGCCUCAGUCACGCCUGUCGCAGUGGACACAUCCCAACUCUAUGGAAAACCCCUCCUCCAUGGAGCCCAGUCUUAGCAAGCACGGUGCCAUAUCUGCUGGGCCUAAUCUCGGUCCUCCUGGUAAACCCCCUAUGGACGACUCCUACAGCCCCUAUAAUCUAAUGCCCAGCUCUGAAUCCCCAGCCAGCCCGCUGGUGCCCCCGGAUAGCUGGGGCCAGAACAAGAGCGCUAACGACAAAAUCUCCAAUGGGAACAACAUCACCUGGCCUCCAGAGUUCUGCCCAGGAGUGCCCUGGAAAGGACUGCAGAACAUUGACCCUGAGACUGACCCUAACAUGACCCCAGGAAGUGUUCCCAGCGGCCCUACCAUCAACACCAACAUUCAGGAUGUGAACCGCUACCUACUCAGAGAUCGGAGUGGAGGCUCCUCCCCAACUUCGUCUCAGAGCGAGGCUGUGCCUCCCUGCAGCGAUUGGCCAGUCAGUGAUUACACUAGCUCUUUUAGUCUGUCUUCACCUGAGACAGAUGACACAGGUAAACUGUCGGAUAUGAAGUCCACCUGGUCUCAGGGCCCCAUCUCCCACACCCAGGCCUCUCUGUCCCACGAGCUCUGGAAAGUCCCCCAGGGUCCGCGCAACACCACGGCCCCCACUCGUCCCCCUCCAGGCCUCACCAACACCAAGCCCUCCUCCACCUGGGGGGGAAACAGCCUGGGCCUGGUGCCUGGCUGGAGCAGCUCAUACUCCUCAGGUACUACAUGGAGUACAGACAGCUCUACUAGGACCAGUAGCUGGCUGGUACUGCGGAACCUUACUCCCCAGAUUGAUGGUUCUACACUGCGGACGCUGUGUAUGCAGCACGGCCCCCUCAUCACAUUCCACCUCAACCUGACACAGGGAAAUGCCGUAGUGCGCUACAGCUCCAAGGAUGAGGCUGCCAAAGCCCAGAAAUCCCUGCAUAUGUGCGUGCUGGGCAACACCACUAUCCUGGCGGAGUUUGCCGGAGAGGAGGAGGUGAACCGUUUCUUUGCACAGGGUCAGUCCCUCACGCCCACCACCAGCUGGCAGGCCAACCCGGGCACCAAUCAGACGCGGCUGGGAGGCGGAGCGGGUGCCACCUCGCACCCCAUCGGUCACUGGAACAGCAGCACUCUGGGAGGAGGAGGCGGAGUUGGAGGUGCUGGAGGAGGAGCCGGGGGCGGACCUAAGGCGGGCAACGAGCUGCUGUGGGGCGGAGUGCCGCAGUACUCCAGCCUGUGGGGGCCACCCAGCUCUGAGGACGGCCGAGUGGUGGGCAGCCCGACGCCAAUCAACACGCUGCUUCCUGGAGACCUGCUGAGUGGAGAGUCCAUGUAGAGCGAGAGAGGCGAAGUGAGGCCUUGACCGAGGAGAGUUAUGAAGUAAAUUAAACAACAGGAAAUGAAAUGAAAAACUUGAAGAAAACAAACAAACAAAAAAAAGUUUCACACAGGAGCAAAAACCAAGCAAAUCAAAUCGUGGCGAUAAUCAGCAUCAGUGGAACUGUGAACCAAGAGACAGGAGGCUGAGGCAACACUUGCGUAAACGUAAAGGCUGCUGACCUUCUUCCUCUUCUCCUAUUUUUUUUUUUUCUUAUUUUCUUGCCGUCAUUUCAUCGGAUUACGUGUUAUGUAUAUUUUUUUCUUGUUUGUGAGGCUUCGGUUACAGUAUUCUGUAUAAGACUUCUAUAUACAAUUUUUUGGAGAAGAAAGAAGAAUCCAGUAACUAAAAACAGAAAGGAAAGAGAACCUUAACUAAUAGACUUUCUCUAAUAACUGAAAAAAACUAAACAAAACUGUGUGAAAGUGUAUUUUACUACAACUGAUGAGACAAGCUGCCAUUUUUAAAAGUCCCCUGGCACUACCCUUCCCCCUUUCCAAGCUAAUGUCCCCUUUGCCCUUUCCCCCAAAGAAAUGCAUCAUUCCGAUUGGCCCUUAUCCCUUUAUAGACUGGAUCCCUGUUGCUUUUCAUUUGUCUGCUGAAACAGCACUAAACUUUAGCCUUAACUGCUUACCAGCCCUCACCCAGUCAUCGACCACACUCACUCUGGGCUUACUGAAGAGACGCGUCGGAGAAUUGCACAUUUUUACCUUGUUAUUUUUGAGCCAGCAGAGAGGAGAAGAACGUGACACACAAGCUUGACCUCACACACACCAACAAACGUACACACACACACAUAUGUAUACUAUACAUACACAUGUAUCUCAGCCUUUCCUCCAGGACUGUCCAUCCACAUCAUUAUUAUAAAAGAAAAGAAAGGACAGAGGGAUGGAACCCAACCCGUGGCUGGUGCUUCAAUCAUCUACAGAACAGACUAACAGACUGAGUGAACCGAGUCGCCCAGCGUCGCCCCGUGUGUGUAAGUGUGUGACAUACUAUUAACCACUGUCUUCAGAACGUUCUUUAAGAAACACUUAAAGAACGUACCAUGCAGAACCUGGACGGAGUUACAUUUCCUUUCUCUCAUGAGCUUUGAAAAUGACCUCAACCAUUUUUCUCGGAUUCUUGGAAAAAAGGAGGGGAAAUGGACAGAAGAGAAAAAGAAAGUUGCCCUGAUUCAUUAUUGUCUGACGUGCAAUAUGCCACAGACUCUUCCGUCCAUCUUUACGCAGUGCUUGUUAUUAUUGCUGGUGAAAGUUUCCUUCCUUUUGCUUUUUUGUGUGGGGGAUGAGGGGGUCAGGGUUCAAGGGGUGGGGGCAAAAAAGGAAAAAAAUGACUAAACAAAAACUGUAAAACUGUUCUUCUCCCACAUCCAUCCACUGAGGGUGGGACUAAGAGGAGGAGCUUCUUUUGUUUUACUUUAUUUUUACUUUUUUUUUUUUUUUUUUUUUUUUUUAGUGGGGUGUGUGUGAGCCUUUAGUGAUACAUUUCACUAGCACUUCCUCACACACACACACACAACUACACACACACACACACACACACACACAACUACACACACACGCACGCACACACACGCAAGCACACGGUGUGACUACAGGGGGACACGGGCUUCAAACCAAAUAAUAGGUGUUCUUCUUGUAACCCAAUAGACAAGGUGCAUUUUAUCAUCGUAUUUGGUACAAAGGAAUAGAACAAAAAAACUGGUUAAAAAAAGGAACGAGUGAAAUAUGUGGAAGAGGAUGGAGAAGAAGAUGAAAAAGGAAGAGGAGAGUAGACCGUGUGGUUUAUCAUAGCACUUAAGAAACAGAGCGUCAGGCUUUGGAUUGUAAUUUGCAAUGCCAAUAAAUUACACAUGGAGAUGAAACUGAAAAAGAGGAGAAAGAAAAGCAAAGCAAAGAAAGAAAAAAGCAAUCUACAGCUUCUCCAUGCUGUUUUUUGUUUGUUAGUUUUUUCCGUUUUGAAACUCUAAAUGGAAUUUUUGUUUUUAUUUUUUGAGGUUUUUGUCCCUCCGGAAGUCUGUGGACUUGAGUGGACGUUAUCUAUGGUAGCAAAUGAAGAGUUUGAAGAAAAAAAGACAAAAGAAAAAAAAACUGAUAGACUGAUACUGAAGCAUUCACGUCUCGUGUUUUUUUUUUAUGUUUUUGAGAAUAUUCUCUAUACAUAUAUAUAAAUAUAUCAAAAAUAAAAUAUCACUGUUACAGUAACUCCAAAAUCGCUAGCCUUGUCUGGAGACGCUGGACGCGUCCUCGUUUAAUGUUGUGAUGUGACUGAUCCCGCGGGGCCGCCGCAGAGCUCCGCCUUCCUGGAUGAUACAUGGCCACUGAGUGCCUAUCUGCUGUGCGCUAGAGCUCAAUAGCGCAGCUCCUUCUCCUUCUUCAUAAGGGGGGAAGAAAAAGAAGAAAAAAAAAACGAACUGAAACUGAACUGGCCCUUCAGUACUACUACUGCGCCAGCACCCGACCUCCAACUCCACUCUCUCCAUCUUUCUCUCUAAAAGAAAAAAAUGAAACUCUUUCUUCUCAUGCAAAGAUCACUUUAGCUGGAAGUCGACAAGAACUUUUUUAUUAUUAUUAUAUUAUAUUAUUAUCGGUUGGAUUAUUGGUUGUGUUUUCCCUCUGGAAAUUGCCAGUGUUCUUUUUUUUUUUCAACAUUGCUGUUGCUGAUGUUAAUGAUGACAGCGAUAAUGAUGACUAUAAUGAUGUUAUUAUUUUGCGCUUUGGUUUAUGUCUGAUUGUAUGUGAGUGUGUGUAUAUCUAUGUAUAUAUGUAUGUAUGUAUGUAAAUGUCCAUGCAGUGGUCUUUUAUACACGGUAGCUGCUCUCACCAGCCAGCCCCUAUUCAGUGCACGUAUGCAGGAACACUCGGAGCGAGAGCCGCGAGAGUCUUACGCUUCAUUAUGUGCAGCCGUUCACGUCGCUAUGCCACGGUUAGCCGCUCGCGCUGAUCCAGAACGACGUCGUUUACCAUGUUUUUUUUUUCUAUUAGUGGAUAUCUGGUGAACUAGAUUAGGAACGAGGAUGUUUCUGCCUGCCUUUUUCUUCUGCUUCUUCACAUUCUUCUUAUUUUCCUCUUUUCUUCUCUUUCUCUCUUCAACCUUCACUCAUUUAUUAUUCUUCCUCUCUUGGUUCUUCUCAUUUUUUUUCUUUUCUCAUCCACCUUCUUCUUCUUCGUCCUUUUCUCAUAACAUUGGCCUAUUUAUUCUUUUCUUUCUUUUUGUUUUUCUUCUUUUUCCUCUUCUCCUAAUCUUUUGCCUCAUUAUUCUUAUCAUCUGUUUUUUUCUACUUCACUUACACCUUCUUGAUCAUUUCUUUCUCCUUAUUGUUUUGUUUUUUUUUGCUCUCCUCCACCUACACUUUCUUCUUCUCCUCGUUCUCUUUGGCCUUCUCCAUCUUUACCUUCUAAUUAUUCUUCUUUUUGUCCCGCAUUUGUCUUCUACUCCUUCUUUUCCUUCUUUGGCUACUGCUUUCCUUUCUCCAUCCCUGCGCUUCUCUUUCUUGCGCUGUCCUGCAGUGUUGUGAGGUUCUCCCUGGUGCUGAAGACAAAGGGCAGGUGGCGCAGCUGUAAUCAGUCGUACAGUGCCUCUCGCCUCCGUCGCAGUAAUAAACGCAAAUGAUAACGGAGACCCCGCGCUCCUCUUCUAUGCAAAGACUGAGUGAGAGGUGCGAGGUCACAGCCAUCCAAUCCAAUCUCCCUGCUGACCACCUCCUGUUCCUGCUGAACACUUUCCUUCCUGCCCUUCACCUCUCUUCUCACAGACGUCCACCUGUCUCUCUGAGCAGGCAGCUGCCUGUUAACAAGUCCGUCGAUCAUCAGGACCCUCAUUGUUUACUCUCUCUCUCUUUUUCUCUUUCUCUCUCAUUCUCUCUGUUUCUCUCUCUCGCUCUCUCUUAUCGCUUAUCUUAUAAUCUUAUGUACAUGCAGUGUCUCAGGGCGGCUCAGAGAAACCUAACCUUAGCCUAUCUUCAGGAGGAGAGAGGGUACGCUCGUGGUGUUCUUUUCUUUUCUUUCUCUUUCUUUUUCUUUUUCUGGUUGAGGUGGGGUAAUGUUGAAUGUCUCAUUGCUUUAUAAAAAAAAAACUGAAUCCACCACAAACAAGCCAAUCAAAUGGAGAGGACUGCAGAGGUAGAAUGCAGGCAGGCUGGAAUAGAUCAAAUCCAGACGAACUGGUCAUUCGCACCUCGUCCCAGGUGAACUGGACUGCUGAGAACUGAACAGGGAUUAUUCCAGAAUGCUCCGCUGCACUGUACGUAAAUGGUUGACGUCGGGUACAUCGUCUUAAAAAAACCAAAAGAGAAAACCUUUUUCUUUCUUUUUUUGCUGAAGAAUCGCUCUUGUAUUGCUUUUCAUAUGAGACUAAAAAAACGAAUGGAACCUAAAACCUGUACACUCGACUCUGACUCUGUAUGAAGUGCUUCUCCAUGCGAGCCUUUCUUUUAAACGCCCCAAAGCAGCAGCCGCCGUCCGUUCAUUUGGACUGACUGGACUUUUGCACCAGGAGCACUGGGAGGUGGGGGCGAGCAUGUUGGUACCAACUCUUAAAAAAAUGGCAAAUUGCCACUGAAGAGGCUUUUUUGGGGGGGAGGGAGAGGGAGUUUUUUUCUUUUUUUUUUUCUUUCUUCCUCCAUAAAACUUGUUCGACACUAGUAACAAUCACUAUUGCCUGUUUUGACUAUUUUGUUGUUUCUUUUUUUUUUUUUUUUGUAAAGAGGGGGGAGUCUCCCACACUGCCUUGCUUUAAAGCUGUACUCAAAGCCACCAGACUGUCACAAGGUUUUCAGUGUCUGCAGCUCGGCAACAAGCAUCCAGCCACCACUACGAAAGACAAACUGGAUUUUAUUUAUUUUUCCUUUUAGGGGUUUUCUUUAUUUUUCUUUUUUAUCGGAAGCACCUCGCCUCGCCGAGUUCAUCCUAGCGCAACUUCGAGCGUAAAAAUACGAAGGAUCAAUCACGCAGUUGGGAGAAAAAUUAAGUCUUUUCUCGACAGUCCUGGGUAGAAUAUGCACAUGCUGGUUGAUAUACAUGCACAUUUGUAAGCCUAUGUAUGUAUAAAACUGGUUUAUCUCUCUUUACAAUUUACCUUAAUCCACGCUAACCCAGGCCAAAAUCAGCAUCCAACUCCUGCGUCUUUUUCUGUGUACCCAGAUUAAAAAAAAAUAAAAAACUAACAAAAAAAUGAACUCAAAAAAAAGAAGUAUAAACAUAUCAGAAUUAGACAAAAUGAAAGAAAUACAAAUACUUGAAUCAAAAGAAGCGCCAAUAAUGUAAUGUGAAACUUUUUUGUAAGUCUUUUGUCAUUCAUACACUUCCAAGCUUUUUGAUAACAUUAGUUCAGGACGAACUAAAAAAAUGGUUUGACAAAUAAAAGAAAAAUAAAAAACAAAAAAAAAACAAACGCAAGAUGACAUCUAUUGUAUGUGAGUGUUUGCACAAGACUGUGUGUACUGUAUGAAGAGUGAAUGUUAAUCUGUCUGUAUGUGUGGUUACAGCGGGUUCGUUCCCAGGUUCUUUUGUUGGAUUCAGUAUAUUAUUAUUUUUUUGUUUUGCUAGUCAGUACUCAGAUAUACUCGGACUCGUGUAUUGUUGUUGUUGUUAUUGUUAUUAUUAGCUUAUUUCUAGCGUUGCACUGAGUGUGUCUGCCUCCCCUCCUUCAGCUAAUCGUACAACAUGAAAUAAAGUACCGAGGGACAAGGUGACAAUUCACGUGUUAAUGUUUACUCAAGGACUUAUUGAGGAGAAUAAAAUAAAGUGUGUUUUUUGUUUUCAUUUUUUAAAAGAAUAUCUGUAAUAUGAUUAUCUACCUUGUAGUGGCUUUUAUUGUGGAAUAUUCCAUGAAAAAGAAAUGGAUUAUGAGUAUUGCACCAUACUUUUGUUGUUUUUCCAGAUUAUAAACAAACAAAAAAAGACAAGAAAAAAAACAUAAAAAUAUGAAAAAUUGAAGAAAAAAAAAUGUUAAAGGGGGCGGCGUCUUUUUGAGAACUGUGGCCAUAGAUUGGUUUAGAGGGACUUGUAACUCCAGUGUCGGCUCCAUGGUGGAACGGAAAGACAUCCAUGGGCGUAGUUUGUUACAAGACUCGUGUUAAGAGGUGCCUAAACUUUUUGGUUAUUAUUUGGUUAUUAUGAUAAUUAUAUUUUUUGUCCUGUAUCUGUCUUCGCAAGGCCACCAACAACAGUUUACAAGCAUUUCAGUUCAUUUCUUUUUCCUCUCAAGUUCAAGGAAGAGGAAUUUGCUGUGGGAAUGUCGAGAGAGGAAAAAUUACAACAAAAAAAAAAAAAAAACGAAGGACAAAUACUUCCAUGACAAAUAACAAAACAAACACUUUACAGAAUGAUUAUUGUGCUACUUGCCGAACUCUGGGAUCGAUCAGUGUUGAUGUUUUGUUUGUUUUUUACUUUUUUCUUUCUUGUUUUUUUUUAUUCUGUGUUGUCAAUGUUUAUCAAUUUCAUGGACUAUAUUUGAAGCCUGUAUGUUUUUUUUUUCUUUUGUGAAAAAUAAGAAAAAAAAAUUAUAAAUGCUCACUAUCUUGCACACAUGAAAAAAGUGGAUCAUGUCUCAGGAAGGCAAGGGUUCCAGAGUACCAACUCCACGCCAUUUAAAUGUUCAUUUUUACGAGAAAUAAAAAGGAUUGAGAAAAUUAAGCACUGAAGGUUAUGGAUUUCAGAAGAAGACGAAGAAGAAAAAAAAAGAACCUUUUGUUUCUAAAUCCGUAGCAGUUACAUAUUUACCAAAUAAUGGACUCUAAAUGAACUUUAAAAAGAAAUGGAGUGCUUUAUAUAUAAAUCUAUAUAUUAAAAUUGCUUUACAUUUUAAACACGAUGAUCAAUGGAUUUUGAUUGUUCGAGACAGUGAAAUAACAUACGAGUGCUGUAUGUUUUAAUCUUUAUUGUAUUUUCUUAACAUGAGGUCCCUUCCUGUUGAAAUCAGGAGCAUUGUGCAUUACUAUUUCUUUCCUUUCUGUCAUUCUCUUUCUCUCUCUAUAUAUAUAUAUAUAUAUUUCUCUAUCUAUUUCUCUUUCUCUCUCUUGUGGCGGGUAUUACUUAAGGAAAAAUGUAUAAAAGCAUUUGUUUCUGCAUCAAUUUGAAGGAUUGAAAGAUAGCUGGUUUAUAAGGAUCAUGAUCUAUGCACAAGUCGGGUGUAGAGGUAUUAAAAACCUCUGCAGCCCAUCUCUCAUGGGGAUUUAUUGUUUUUUUGGAUGUCCUUCCAUUUUUCCGUAAGAAACGUUGCCUCCUUUCCUCACCUGCCCCUCGAAACGUAUUCCUAUCCGCAUUUCUUAUAUUAACCUUAUAUUACAGUACUUUGCCAUGCUGUGUAUUCCUAAACCAAUGAGCGUCUCAUUCUAAAGCACUGUGGGGUUUUGUAGCCCGUGACGAGGGUGUCUGUGUUCUAUCUCUUCUUCUUUUUGUUCGGUUUACUUUGUGUGUAUGUGGGUUAAUUAGGGUGUGGGUGGGCACAGGGCCAGGGUUGCUUUUGCCUUUUUGAGUUGAAAUAUUAAGGAAAAAUGUCUGUACUGAGAUUUUCAAAUGUCAACGGCUUUUAAAUGUUUUUUCUCUCUCUAUUUCUCUUUCCUCAUAGAAUGUGAUUGUUGAUGACAUGCACCGAAAAAUGUUUCAUGAAACUAUGGAGCUUCUUUCAAACUAUUAAUAAAUUGCAUUUCUUUCUUGGCUGUAAGAAA